UUACAAUGAAGCACUUUAAGUUACAAAAUGCGUAUCUGCAGCUUAUAUUUUACAAACCGCAUACCACACCUAUGGCUGUGAGUAAUUGAUAACAUUAUCUAUGGCUUUAUCAGUAUACAGGAAACAUAAUAAUUAUUAAAUUUAAUCAAUUAACUGAAAUAUAGCACGCAGUUAUGUGUUAGAGCAACCAUGUCUAAUAUCGCGAAAAUUUCAGUGGAAAAACAUGAAAGCAAGGAGCAAUUUUUGUACGAUUUAGAUAAGAGUAAAACUUUGUGCGAGAUCGUUCGAGACAUAUGCAAAAAAGCUGGAUUGCCUGAGUCGCCUGUGUACGGCUUAAAGUUGAUCCAAACAAAGGAAAAUCCAUUUAUAAACACUUAUAUUUCCGAGAAUACAUACAAGGACAUCCAGCAUAGCGAUUGUUUGAAAAUAGUCUUUUCAAUUGAAUAUUUACUUAACCAAAGAAUACUGCCUCAUAUAGAUCACCCUGACGAAAGCUUAGAAAAGACUAUAUCAUUCGAAGACCUACUUAAAUUGUCUGUGGACCCCAUUUUCAUCGAAAAAUUAGUGCAAUCUGAAACCCACAAAUACCUGAUAAACGUUUUCAUCGAGAACCAACUGAAAGAAAACGAGGUACUUCCUCUGUUGAUCACCAUAUGCCACCUAUUUCAAAAGGGGCACAUCGCAGAUACCUCGCAAAACAUCCUAAACAAAACCAUUAGCAUUAUCAAAGACUCCAACAACAGUAUCGAGCAAUUAAAAUACGCUUUGUCCAUCUUGCACAAGAUACUCGUCCAGAAAAACCAAGUGUUCGUUCCAUGGAAGGAAAAGAUAAUCAAGGAAGUUCCGAUAACGGAUUUGACGCCUUAUAUAUGGAACGAGAACAACAGGAGUUUACAGUACGGCAUCCUCCUGCUGAUAAAUACGAUAAUAAAGCUUUGCAAAGGCGUUAAAAAACAGCAACUCAUCAAGGAAAUGAACUUGAAGCAGAACAGGGAUAGUAUUUACAGGUACAUCAUCGUACCUGGUGGAUUAGAGAAAAACACCGAACACGAGUUGUACGUCUUGCAAACUUAUUUGUUAAGUAUGUACAAAGAAGCGUUGGAUAACGAAAUCAAUAUCAACGACAGUAAUUUAUUUCAACGGGAAGAGUUUGAACUUUGCGAAGAGGACGUGAAGAGAUUAACGGUACUGAUGGAUUUUGACGAAAAUAACAUGAAUUACCCCAUUAGUUACGCGUCAAUGGAAAAUAUAAAUUGUAGUCAAAGUGAGAGGAUUUCCCUAGCAUCGAUAUUAAGUGACAAAAGCUAUACUAGUUCACGGAAGUCUAGUGUUACUGGUUCACGAUCAGAUAUCGCUUACGAUUACGAUAAUUAUAGAAUAAGUUACUUGACGUUAGAGGCUCUAAGGCACUACAAAAAACAUCAUUAUAAAGUCUUUUACCAGUCGCAAGUCGAAGAAAAAGUCUACGAACCUGGAAUAUUCGUCACGAGUCAAAGAAUUGUGAAAAUGUUGGCGAAGAUCUUACACUUGGGCAUGGAGCCCGACAACAGAAGCAUAUUCUACCAACCGAUCGUCUUCAACUGUUCUUCAAGAACUCCCUUUUUCCUGGAAUUAUUUUCCAGAGCGAUGUGGUUGUUGUCGAGAACGAGACGAGAGAUGAAGGUCUCGACGAUUGACGAUUACCCCAAGGUAAUGAACGCGUUGGAGAAACAAAUAAAGAUGGUGCUGGAAAAGAGGCCCAUCGAUUUUAAAGCUCUCACUAACGAGAUGACGGACAUUACUUUCGACGUUGUGAUGCAGCGGUGGAAGGACGAAAGGGCGGACGAGUUGAAAAUACUUUUGAAGACUCAUCCUUGUAUACAGCAGAUGAAGACCGAUUUCGGUAAACAAAACGAGGAACAUAUUUAUAACAACAGGAUCAACUUCCUUAAACGUGGAGCACACUUUCCGAAAGUACUAGAGAAAAAAACGUCGGGGAAUAUGUUCGUACAGUUGAGCAAAAACGAAAGGGAACUACAUAUUUACGACAUCAAGAGCGUAAAAACAAACGAAAUGGAUCUUCUGGAGAAAAUUAAAAUAUGCGAUAUAACGCACGUAGUGAUCGGCAAAAACUGCAAACAUUCAAACUUGUGCAAGUCUGCGCAGCAAGCAUUUUCCAUCAUCGUCAACCACUUAGAAAAUCAAGUGAAUUUUAUAGCGAAAGACGAAAGAACGGCAUGCUAUUGGACGGACGCCUUCAAUUUACUAAUAGGGAGCACCAAACGGAGCGAUUUCUACCAACGAGAACUGGACGAGUUGGUAGAAAUGGACGUGAUGUUGCAGAUACUGGAGCUGCAGAAUAUCCGUAUACCAAGACACGCUCCGCCAGUUCCGCCGUUGCCGUCCGAGACGAAGCCACCUAUACCUCCGAAACCUGAUACCGAAACUUUCAUAAGGAUGACAAAGAGGAAAAACCAUCGUUAAGUGUAUUCAAUUUUUAAGAUUAAUAAACGCCUUAUUCGAUUUUGA